UACAACACAAACUUAAUUCCUUAAUUCUCUGCCUAUUCAUAAUUUCUUGUGUUUUUCAUUUGAUCAAACUGAAACCAUGGCUGAUUUGAUGGUGGGAGGAGCUCUUCUCUCUGGUUUCAUCAAUGUCCUUUUCGAUAGGAUUGCUUCUAAAGAAGUUCUUGACUACUUUAGAGGAAGGAAACACAUUCAAAAGCUUCUCAAACAGUUGGAGACUACGUUGUUGUCUGCUAAUGUCCUCCUGGAUGAUGCCGAGGACAAACAACUUGGAGACAGCAAUGUGAAGAAGUGGCUUGAAGAUCUUAAAGAAGUAAUUUAUGAAGCAGAUCACGUCGUGGACAAGAUUAGUACUGAAGCUUUGCGACUCAAGAUGGAGAAAGAUGAAUCCGAAAGCAUAGCAAGUAAGUUCUUGAACUUAGUCCCAACCAUGUUUAGUUCAUUUGACAAUGCUGUGAAAUCUGAACUAGAGGAGAUCCUUGCUUCAUUAGACCAUCUUAUAGCUCAAAAAGAGUGUCUUGGUUUGAAAAAAGUAAGCCAUAAAACAACAACAGUGCAUAGAUCACCAGCUCCUUUGCUACAUGAUUCCAAGAUUUAUGGAAGGGAGGGUGAUAAAGAGAAUAUUGUUAAGCUAUUGUUGUCUGAUGGUGAUGAUUUUGGUGGCCACAAGAUCUCUGUUGUUUCUAUAGUAGGGAUGGGUGGUAUUGGUAAAACUACACUUGCUCAAAGUGUAUACUAUGAUACCAAUGUCCAAGAACACUUUGACUUGAAAGCAUGGGUGACAGUGUCUGAUGAUUUUGAUGUUUUUAAAUUGACAAAGGUAAUUUUGGAGGCUAUCACUAAAACAACAUGUGGAGCAAGGGAGCAACAUCAACUUCAAAAUGAUUUGCAAAAUGCUUUGACCGGUAAGAAGUUUUUUAUUGUUCUUGACGAUGUAUGGAAUGAAAAUUAUUUGUUGUGGGACUCUUUGAAAAGCUCUUUUGAAUUUGGUCAACAAGGAAGUAAGAUUAUUGUGACAACACGUAACAAAGAUAUUGCAUUGAUGAUGAAGACGCCAAAUGUUGAACCUUACGAGCUUGGAGAAAUAUGUGAUGAGAAUUGUUGGAAGUUGUUUACAGAGCAUAUCGAUACUGAUGCAGGCUCUCGUGGGGUACAUCCAGACAUGGACGAAAUCGGAAAGCAAAUUGUUAAAAAGUGCAAAGGCCUUCCUUUAGCUGUAAAAUCUAUGGCUGGUUUGUUACGAUCUAUGUCAACUCGCGAGGAGUGGAAACAUGUACUGCAAAGUGGUGUAUGGGAGUUUCCCAAUUGUUGCAAUAUUGGAUUUGUUCCAGCUUUGUGGUUAAGUUACCGUUUUUUGCCUCCAUAUUUAAAGUUAUGUUUUUCUUAUCUCUCCAUAUUUCCUAAGGAUUAUGAAUUUCAAAGAUACGAUAGAGAAAAACUAAUCUUAAUAUGGAUGGCAGAAGGUGUUUUGCAACCUCAAAAAGGGAAAAGAAUUGAAGAUGUUGGAGAAGACUACUUGAAUGUUUUAAUGUCAAGAUCAUUCUUACAAAGAUCUAGAAGUGAUGAAUUUUCUUUCACUAUGCAUGAUCUCAUGCAUGAUCUAGCUAUGUUUGUAUCAGGAAAGUGUAGCUAUGACAAUUCUGAAGACCUACUUAAUCUUACAAGCAAGAUUCGCCAUUUUUCAUAUUUGCAUGACUCGGGGAAUCAAGUGAGAUUGUUUGAGAGCUUAUCCAAAGUGAAGUAUUUGCGCGGCCUAUUGUCACAUAAUAGUAAUGGAUUCGGGGACACAUCGACAGUUGAAAUGGUUUUGAAGGUUGGAGAAUGCUUAAGAACACUUUCUUUACCUAGAUCUAAAAUAGUAGAAUUGCCUGCUUCAAUUGGAAAUUUGAAGCAUCUAAGAUAUGUGGAUGUCUCAGGCACAAACAUCAAAGAAUUACCUACUUCAAUUUGUGUUUUGUACAAUUUGGAAACAUUGAUAUUGUCAAGUUGCUCAGAGCUCAUCCAAUUGCCUGCCAACAUUUCUAAGCUAAUCAACUUGCGUCACCUUAUGAUCAAAGGAACACCUUUAAAAGAGAUGCCGCCGAGGAUUUGCAAUAUGGUCAAUCUCCAGACACUAAGUGAUUUUGUUUUGUGUGAAAAUGAUGGGCCCAGGAUCAAAGAGUUGGGUAAGUUGGAGAAUUUGCAUGGAGACUUGUGUAUUUCAGGCCUUGAGUAUGUUCAAGAAGCUAGUGAUGUUUUGGAAGGAAGCUUGAAGAGCAAAGAAUAUCUUACCGGGCUUGUUUUGAAUUGGGAUAGUGAAGCUGAUAAUUCAUCAAAAGCCAAGGAAGUACUUGAUGCACUAAAACCACACAUAAAUUUGAAGAGACUCACAAUCAAGGGCUACAGUGGCACGAGCUUGCCUGAUUGGGUAACACAUCCAUCUUAUUGUAACUUGGAACAUGUUGCUCUAGAAAGUUGUAAGAAUUGUUGCGUGCUGCUGUCAUCAUUUCGGCUGCUAAGUUCACUCACAAAUCUUGAAAUUGAAGAUUGCCUUCACAUCCACAAUGAUGGCAUUUCUUUAAAUAAGUCAUUUGUCUUCUUAACACAUUUACAUCUCAAAGGAAUGACUAUGUUGGAUUGGUCAUUUACUAAUGCAGAUGAUCAAAAUGGUGAGAUUUUCCCAUGUUUGAAGGUAUUCAAGUUAAAUGAAUGUCAGAAGUUAAAUGUGGCUUUACCUGAUUGUAAUUUCCCGUCUUUGGAAUCUAUCUACAUUCGCGGUUGCAAUGACUUGGUGACUAUAUUUCCAACAAGUACAGUACACAUUGAUGCUGCAUACCCUUGCCUUGAAAUGUUGAUAACAGAAAGUUGUUCAAGUCUAGAGUCAUUUUCAGAAAUGGGAUUGCCCUUUGCUUUGAAAAAUCUGUGUAUUGUCUCAUGUCAUAUGCUCAUAGAAAAUCGCAUCAAGUGGAAUUUACAAAGCCACUCUUCAUUGAAAGAGUUAGUAUUGUACAAUUACGAUGGAAUGGUGGAUUCAUUUCCAGAGGAAUGGCUGCUUCCACCAACUUUAACAUAUCUAGCAAUCGAAUUUUUCGAAAGCCUUGAAGCUUUAAAUGGAAAAGGCUUUCAACAACUAACAUCUCUUCAAAACUUGAGUCUUUUUGGCUUACAAAAACUAGAGUGCUUACCGGAAGGACUACCCCACACACUUACUUCGGUGUCCAUAGGUGGUUAUCCUUUGCCCAAAACUAAAUGCGUGCCUAAUCUGAAGAUAGAAUAUAUACUUAGACCUCGCUACAUUCAUGUUGUAUUUGGAUUCUAUGACAAGCAAUUUAUGGCUCGCCGAAGGAGAUAUGAUUAAAUGGGAGGAUGUCAAUUUUUUCAUUGGUGAAAAGGUGUUGAGAUGUGAAAAGGUCUGUCCAAUCCAUACUUGUCAUUGAUUGAUUUCUUUUUUCUUAAUGUAAAAAUUAAGUACCAAUCUUUAGCAUUACUAAUUAGUAGCCAAUGGCUCUGUCGAACAAUGAUGAUGGCUUUGAGUUUGUUACACUAGAUAGACAUUUUUCUCAUACAAAUGUCUUCAACUUCAAAUAUAAUUAUAAAUCUAUAAUCUACUUAUUA